AUGAUUAAAGCCACAAAUCCUAGCUCAUAUGCUCUGAUCACAUGGACUGACAAUGGGGUUAAUGGUACCAAAUUCAAGGCAUGUUUCUUCUCUUUUGCAGCUCAGGUGAAAGGGUUCUUGAGUGGUUGCAGACCCAUUAUAGGGAUAGAUGGUUCACAUCUAAGUGGGUAUUACAAAGGAAUUAUGCUCACUGCAGUAGGCAUUGAUGGUAACAAUGAAAUUUUUGUAAUAGCUUAUGGAUUGGUGGAUACAGAGAGCAUAGACAACUGGUCUUAUUUCUUCAGAAACCUAAGACACUUAUUUGCCCAGAAUGGUUGCCAGAAGGAAGAUUGGACUUUUAUAAGUGACAAUGAAAAAGAACCAGCCCUUUUUGAAGUGUUCCCAAGGGCAACAAGGAGAGUCUGCUGUCAGCAUCUGUACUCAAAUUGCAAGACUGGUGGAUGGAGUAGGACAGAGUUCCAUAAGCUAUUUUGGAUUGCAGCCAAUGCCUAUAAUGAGUAUGUGUAUGACAAAGCAAUGUCAAAGAUAAAGAAGUAUGAUGCAGCAGCAUUUGAGUACCUGACAAAUAUUGAAGAGCAGUGGACUAGGCACAAGUUUGACAGAGUUGUUUGUUGUGAUCAUAACACAACAAACUUUGUUGAGUCAUUCAACUCAGUUACAAAGGACAACAGAGACAUGCAUGUGUUCACUUUACUGGAAGCUGUCAGGAAUUGGUGCAUGAAAAGAAUGGGUUCCAGGUUUGACAAAGCAAUUGACAUGGACCCUAAUGAGCUGACAGAACAUGCUAAAGAGGGAUCAGGGAUACCAUGCAGGCAUGGUCUUAGGGUCAUCUACAGCCAGAGACUACAGCCAACAGAUUUUGUGUCACCAUACUACAAGGGGGCUGCGUAUAAGAUGACUUAUGGAGACCAUAUCCACCCUAUGGCUGAUCCUACUCAUUGGCCUGCAUUUGAUGUACCUGAAAUUUUACCACCAACUGUCAAAAGAACUGCAGGCAGACCAGCUAAGCAGAGAAGAAGAGCCCCUCAUGAAGCAAGGAAAGGAAAGAGGCACAAGAACAACAAAUGCAGUGUUUGCAAGGAAUUGGGACACAAUGCCUUAACCUGUAAGGCAAGGAAGGAAGCAGCAAAAAAGGCACAAGAUGCAGCAACCUCUUCACAGCAAGCCAAAGGAAGGGGGAGGAAGAGAAAGGCUGACAGUCAGCAACCUUGA